GCCGCUUGUCUGGCCGGUGGAGGCUGAGCGCGACCCUUCGGGAGUCGCGGCGCCCGCCGACCGGGGACACGCGCGACUCCCGGGACUCCGCGCUGCCCCGUGCCGCCGCCGCCUCCUCUCCUUUUGUCACGGGAACGCUCCGGCCCGUGCCGACCGGGCCCCGAUUCUCCUCCUCUUCCUUUCGGAGGGGAAGGAGCGGGGAGAGCCCAGCGGCGGCUGCGGGCGGGCGGGCGAGCGAGCGAGCGGAGGCCCCUGCCCCCGAGGCUCGGAGCUGGAAGAGGAGAAGGAGAAGGAGGAGGAGGAGGCGGAGGGAAGUGCGCGUCACUCCCGGGAGGAGAGUUGCACCUCCAGGCAAUCGCGGCGCCGCCGGAGGAGUGGAAGCCGCGGCGGCGGAGGGUGCCCGCGCUCGAGGGGGCUCCCUGGCCAUGGAGAGGACCCCGGGCCCCCGGGACGCCGCGACCUGGGCUCCGUCUCGGCGCCGCGCGGUAUAGGCACCUGAGUCAGCCGCAGCCGGCGGGGGAGGGGAAGUGACUGUGUAUCAUGUAUACCACUGGCUCCAGGGGCCACUCCCCUGCUUUUGUGCAGCCUCAGAAUGGAAACAGCCAUCGCUCUUCAGGCUAUGUUCCAGGGAAGGUUGUUCCGCUGCGCCCCCCUCCUCCUCCAAAAAGCCCAGCCGCAGCCAAGUUUACCUCCAUCCGACAGGAAGCACGGGCCACCUUUGCCUUCUCACCCGAAGAGCAGCAAGCCCAGAGAGACAGCCGGAAACGGAAGAGGCACAAAAAUACUUUCAUUUGCUUUGCUAUUACCAGUUUCUCCUUUUUUGUUGCACUUGCAGUCAUUUUAGGAAUAUCCUCAAAGUAUGCCCCAGAUGAGAAUUGCCCAGAUCAGAACCCCCGUCUCAGGAACUGGGAUCCAGGACAAGAUUCAGCAAAACAAGUUGUUAUAAAAGAGGGAGAUAUGUUCCGUCUGACCUCAGAUGCCACAGUGCAUUCUAUAGUUAUCGAGGAUGGAGGACUGCUUGUGUUCGGGGAUGAUAAAGAUGGAUUCAGAAAUAUUACUUUGAGGACUCGGUACAUCCUGAUCAAGGAUGGUGGGGCGCUUCACAUUGGAGCAGAAAAAUGCCGCUACCAGUCCAGAGCGACAGUCACCUUGUAUGGCAGGUCAGAUGAAGAUGAAGAUAUGCCAACAUUUGGCAAAAAAUUUAUUGGUGUGGAGGCUGGAGGGACACUGGAGCUGCAUGGGGCGCGGAAGGCGUCGUGGACAUUGCUGGCGAGGACGCUGCCUUCCUCAGGCUUGACCUUCGGGUCUUAUGUCUUUGAGAAGGACUUUUCCAGGGGCCUCAAUGUGCGGCUCAUCGACCAAGACACCGGCAAGAUAUUGGAAAGUGUGAGGUUUGAUACUCACGAGUAUCACAAUGAGAGCCGGCGACUUGAGGAAUUUCUCAGGGUCCAGGAUCCCGGACGGAUUGUGGCUAUCGCUGUGGGAGACUCAGCAGCCAAAAGUCUCUUGCAAGGAACCAUCCAAAUGAUCCAGGAGCGUCUGGGCAGUAAGCUGAUCCAAGGCCUGGGCUACAGGCAAGCUUGGGCUUUGGUUGGUGUCAUUGAUGGCGGAAGUAUGUCUUCCAAUGAAUCUGUGAGGAACUAUGAAAAUCACAGUAGUGGAGGAAAAGCUCUUGCCCAAAGAGAAUUUUCUACUGUGGAUGGUCAGAAGUUUGCUGUGACAGCAUAUAGUGAGUGGAUUGAAGGAGUUUCUCUUUCAGGAUUCCGGGUAGAAGUUGUAGAUGGAGUGAAACUUCAUUUGCUGGAUGAUGUUAGUAGCUGGAAAGCUGGAGACCAGAUUGUGGUGGCAAGUACCGACUAUUCCAUGUACCAAGCUGAGGAAUUCACACUUCUCCCUUGUCCUGAGUGCAACCGAUUCCAGGUCAAAGUCAAAGAAAUCCCUCAGUUCCUGCACAUAGGUGAGAUCAUAGAUGGUGUAGACAUGAGAGCGGAGGUUGGAAUCCUUACUCGCAAUGUUGUGAUUCAAGGAGAAAUGGAAGACUCAUGCUACGCUGAAAACUCGUGUCAGUUCUUUGAUUAUGACACCUUUGGGGGACACAUCAUGAUAAUUAAGAACUUCACGUCAGUUCAUCUCUCCUAUGUGGAGCUGAAGCACAUGGGGCAGCAGCAGCUAGGGCGCUACCCGGUUCAUUUCCACCUGUGUGGUGAUGUGGAUUCUAAAGGAGGGUACCGACCAGGCACGCUGGUGGACGGCCUGUCCAUCCAUCACAGCUUCUCCCGGUGCAUCACGGUGCAUGGCACAAAUGGCUUGCUGAUCAAAGACACCAUUGGCUUUGACACACUGGGCCACUGUUUCUUUUUGGAGGAUGGUAUUGAACAGAGAAAUACUUUGUUUCACAAUCUGGGACUCCUCACCAAGCCAGGCACCCUUCUCCCCACUGAUCGCAAUAUUUCAGUGUGCACCACUAUGCGAGAGAAAGUAUUCGGGAAUUAUGUGCCUGUACCUGCCACCGACUGCAUGGCUGUUUCAACUUUCUGGAUUGCUCAUCCCAACAACAAUCUGAUUAGCAAUGCAGCUGCAGGCUCCCAGGAUGCUGGAAUAUGGUAUUUAUUUCACAAGGAAGCUACCGGGGAGUCUAGUGGAUUGCAGCUCUCAGCAAAACCAGAACUCACACCAUUGGGUAUCUUUUAUAACAACAGGGUCCAUUCAAGUUUUAAGGCUGGCUUAUUUAUUGACAAAGGUGUCAAAACAACCAAUGCUAGUGCUGCUGACCCAAGGGAAUACCUCUGUCUGGAUAACAGCGCAAGGUUUCGGCCGCAUCAGGAUGCAGACCCUGAAAAGCCACGUGUUGCUGCUUUAAUUGACAGGCUCAUUGCCUUUAAGAACAAUGACCAUGGAGCGUGGGUCCGGGGCGGAGACGUUGUGGUGCAGAAUUCAGCAUUCGCAGACAAUGGAAUUGGACUGACCUUUGCCAGUGACGGAAGCUUCCCAAGUGAUGAAGGAUCCAGCCAGGAGGUCUCUGAAUCACUCUUUGUUGGGGAGAGCAGAAAUUACGGCUUCCAGGGUGGCCAGAACAAGUAUGUAGGCAUUGGGGGCAUAGACCAGAAGCCUCGGACAUUACCCAGAAAUAGGACAUUUCCAAUCAGAGGCUUUCAGAUUUAUGAUGGCCCCAUUCAUCUUACCAGAUGCACUUUCAAAAAAUAUGUGCCCACUCCAGAUAGGUAUACCAGUGCUAUUGGCUUCCUCAUGAAGAAUCCUUGGCAGAUAACCCCCAGGAAUAACAUUUCCCUCGUGAAGUUUGGUCCACAUGUGUCUCUGAACGUCUUCUUUGGGAAGCCUGGCCCCUGGUUUGAAGACUGUGAGCUGGAUGGUGAUAAGAACUCCAUAUUCCACGACAUCGAUGGCUCUGUGACAGGAUACAAGGACGUGUAUGUGGGACGGAUGGACAACUACCUGAUCCGCCACCCAAGCUGCGUCAACGUGACCAAGUGGAAUGCAGUGGUCUGCAGUGGGAGCUAUGCCCAGGUUUAUGUGCAGACCUGGAGUACUCAGAAUCUUUCCAUGACCAUCGUCCGAGAUGAGUAUCCUGCCUACCCCAUGGUGCUCCGCGGCAUUAACCAGAAGGCUACCUUUCCACAGUACCAGCCUGUGAUCAUGCUGGAGAAGGGCUACACCAUCCACUGGAAUGGACUAGCACCACGGACCACUUUUCUAUACCUCAUAAAUUUCAACAAAAAUGAUUGGAUUCGAGUUGGCCUCUGCUACCCAUCCAACACAAGUUUUCAGGUCACCUUUGGCUUUCUGCAGCGGCAAAAUGGCUCAUUAUCCCGAAUGGAGGAGUAUGAGCCCGUGAGCUCCCUGGAAGAGCUGCAGAGGAAGCAGACUGAGAGGAAAUUCUAUUUUGACUCCGCCACAGGGUUGUUGUUCUUAUAUCUCAAAGCCAAAAGCCACAGGGAAGGCCACAGUUACUGUUCGUCUCAGGGAUGCGAAAGAGUCAGGAUCCAGGCGGUAACGGACUCAAAAGAAAUCAGUAACUGCAUGGCCAGAGCAUAUCCACAUUAUUACAGGAAGCCAUCAGCACCCAAGCCAAUGCCGUCUGUGCUCCAGGGACACUGCCAAGGCUGUGGGACUCAGCAGAUGGUGUUUACAAGUGAUCCUCAUAAAACCUACCUCCCCGUGCAGUUCCAGUCCCCUAACAAAGCAGAGACUCAGCGUGGGGACCCAUCUGUUAUCUCUCUGAAUGGCACUGACUUCCCCUUCCGAACUGCUGGUGUCUUCCUCCUCGUCGUGGAUGCCUGCAGUAUUCCCUUCCGGCUGACAGAAAAGAAGGUUUUCUCUCUGGCUGAUAUCAGUCACAUGGAAGAGUAUCUCAAAACAGGCAUUCCUCCGAGGUCAGUCAUUUUGUUGAGCACAAGAGGAGAAAUAAAGCAUUGGAAUAUUUCAGAUUCAUUAGUACCUCUGGGAUUAGCUAAACCAGCUCAUCUCUAUAACAAAGGGAGCACCAUAUUUCUGGGAUUCAGUGGAAGUUUUAAACCAUCGUGGAUUAAGCUACUUACCAGUCCUGCAGGCCAGGGCCUGGGGCUGCUCGACCAGUUCAUACCAUUGCAGCUGGAUGAAUAUGGUUGUCCCCGAGCCAGCACUGUCCCAAGAAGAGACCUGGAGCUGUUAAAGCAAACUUCAAAGGCACAUUAGGGACUAACUGUAACUUAAGUGCUGGGGGGAAAAAAUGUGAACUAACUUAUUUAAUUUAUGGCAUUUAAAAGAAAAAUGACACUGUUAACCUAAGGGAACCAUUUUCCUGUCUCGUACAGAAAGGAGGAGAAAAGAGUUUCAAGGGAUUGCUUGAAUGCCAGCUCAUGCACCUUCUCAUUGUACAAAAUGUUAAAGAAUUUAUUUGCAUCGGUUAGGCUGGUCUGUUGGGAGAGCGGCUGUGGUAUUCUUCCCUUCCACCCCUGGGUUAUGUAGGGACCACAUGCAGCAUUUCUCCUCGUGCAGAACUGGCUGUUGGAUUGAGAGUCUGAAUCAGCCUGAAUCUAAAGAGCAUUUCUCAACCUUCUCUCCAUGGCUCUUCUCCAAACCUUGUUUCCUUCCUAUGGCCCCACCUACCUGUUGGUUCCCUACUCUUAUGCUUGAAGACACUACCCCCUUCUCUCAUUUAUGAGAUUUUCACCUGUGGCCCCCUUGGCUCUCUGUUGGGAAGCAUGACUAAAGGCAGCACUUGUAGCACCUUGAGUACUUGAAGUCAAAUGCUCAGCUGUGUCUUUGGCUUUGGGUUGGAAACUGACUUGGGGCUGGCAUUUCAAAGGACAACUGAGGCCUGGUUCAUGCCCUUUUCUAGCCUGGACAUGGUUUUCUUUUUUUUUUUUUUUUUUUGCUAUACAUGCUCAGGAGUUACUCCUGGCUCUGCGGGGGCUCGAGAGACUCUAUGGGGAUGCCAGGAAUGGAACCUGGGCCAGCUAUAUUACUGGCUCUACUGUAUCUCUGGCCCCUGACAUGUGCUAUUUUGAUUCAUUUGUUUAUUGAUUUCCUUCAGAGAGCUCAUCUUUCAAACAGGAAGUAUAUUGGGACAGAGGGCUCUAGGGACUAGACAUCCUGUAAGUCUGUGGCUAUUGGGCAAAAUUUUGACUGACCCCAAGGUCUGAGGUUGUUCAGACCAUUUUUCACAGCUUUAAUUCUUGGCCUUUUUUUGCCUGUAUAUUUGUCUUUAAGGUCCAGAGCUGAGCUGACUAUUUACUUUUUUCUUUUUUUUAAAGAAGUGGGUGUUUUUUCUUCAACUGUAAACUUGGUCCAUUUCAGCUUGCACAAAGGAAGUCUGUUUUGGGGUUACUCCUACACCCGCAUAUUUGGUUGGUGUUUCUACAUGUGGGAUAAUGACGUUUUCCUGCUCAUCAUCCUGCCAAGAAAAUUGCUGAAAGCUUAAGGAUACCGCCCCCCUCUCUCCCGCCCUCAAGUGUUGUGUUCAUGGGGUGAGGAAAGCAAGGAGGCUCUUUAGAAGGUGAGAACUAUGGAGAGAAUGGUCAGAAUUAAGCCUCUUUACAGAUUUAGAGGAAUUGGCCACUCCUACUUAAGAUAUUUGAACCAAUUUUCUUUAAAGGUGCCAUGCUGCCCUAUGUCCCUUCCCAGUGGGCCUCUCCCGCUAGUGUAGCUACAUGUGGCAGUAGGAGGUUGGCUUAUGCCUGCCUGAAAGCCCAGAUGUCGCCUCUCAAGGGGAAAAGAAGCCUCAGAAGACCUUUCUGUCUUCCUCAGCUGUUUCACAGGCCUGAAAUGCAGUGACAGAAUUGCCACAGGAGAUGGUAGGAAGUGUGUUCCAACUGACUCCGGCAGCAAAUACACAAAUUCACUCUCCUCUGCCUACAGAACAGCUCUGUGACUUCUGUUACUUUACAGAAUAUGCUACCUCAAAGUGCUAUAUAAACCUUUCUAACUGUAAGUGCUCUUACUGAGGGCACAGGUCUUAAUUAAAGUUUAGGGUGGUUUUACAUAUAUAUAUAUUUAUAUAUAUAUAUGAAAUUUUACUUAUUAAAUGUAUUAUUGGAUUAUGGUUCCUGAAGGUGAUUCAAGUUUGUAUGUGUGUUUUGUAUGAGGAGAUAUCUUUUGUGUGUGUUUUUGUAGAGUCUUGUUUUUUUAAAGAUUUGAAGAAGAAAUGUAAGUUUUCCAAGGCACUCAGUUUUUUUGAUAUAUAGACUAAUGGUCAGGACCUAAGUUAAAUAAAUAAAAAUGUGUGCAUGUA